AUGGCGCCUCAGAAGCCAGAAACUUUCAUGCUGAGUACUGAGGCUCAGCAAGCUCUGCCUCAUGAUGCCCAAGUUGCUCUGCAGCAAGUUGACAACUUGAAGUACUUCCUCAUCUCAGCCCCUGUCGACUGGCAGCCCGAUCAGUACAUUCGCCGAUUCUUGUUGCCAACUGGCGAAUAUGUCUCUUGCAUUCUCUGGAACAAUCUUUUUCACAUUUCUGGUACAGAUAUCGUGAGAUGCCUGUCUUUCCGAUUCCAGGCUUUUGGCCGUCCUGUCAAGAACUCCAAGAAGUUUGAGGAGGGUAUCUUCUCCGACUUGCGAAAUCUCAAGUCUGGAACCGACGCUUCUCUGGAGGAGCCAAAGAGCGCCUUCCUCGACUUUCUCUACAAGAACAACUGCAUCCGAACACAAAAGAAGCAAAAGGUCUUUUACUGGUACAGUGUCCCACACGACCGUCUGUUUCUUGACGCGCUGGAACGCGAUCUUAAGCGUGAGAAGAUGGGUCAGGAAGCCACCACCGUUGCUGUCAGCGAACCGGCUCUGUCUUUUCAAUACGACUCGUCUCAGUCGCUCUAUGAGCAACUGACUAAAGCGCAACAAGCCAACUCCUCCUCUUUCAGCGCCCAGCAGUCUGCAUUCUCUCAGAGCCAGUCCACCUCCCCAGUUAUGCGUGCGAUGGACUCGAUGCCUCCCCCGACAAUGAUGCCCCAGUCCAUGCCCCCUUUGGCGGAGGGGAUGGACGCAAUGGUACCUUACGGCACGAUGGCGGUGCCCCACCCAAUGGCCCAAGCCGUCCCUGUCAAGAGGGAACCUGAUUUCACCCGUGUUCAGUACAACCAUAAUGGUGUCCCAAUCACUCAAGGACACCAGCGCCAUGCUUCCAUGCCUGCUUAUGGUCUCGAGUAUUCGCCAGCCCCUUCAUUCGUCUCUUCUCAGUACGAGGAUUACAGCAAUCGAGGAAUUUCUUUCGAACCCAUUACCCCUCCUCAACAGGCUUUGGGUAUCUCGGCUGAGCCUGCGUAUAUCGCCAAUGAAGAGACAGGCUUGUACUCGGCCAUUCCUGACCAUAUGGCUAGCAUGAACGGCCUUAACGGCAUGGUUCAGCUACCCCCUUCCAACUUAGCGGGUCCUCAGUUCUCUCGUCCCUAUGGUACAAACAACGUCUACUCUGUGAUCGAAGGUUCACCGACAUAUAAGCAGAGAAGGCGGCGUUCAUCCAUUCCUCCAUCUAUGUCGGCAAUUUCGACCCCUGCUGCUACUGCCCAAGCAGCCUCACACACACAUUCCCACCGGCCUUCUGAGCUUCGUCGAUCAAUUUCUGCCUCAGUCGGCCCCGUAGCUGAGAGUGAUGAAUCAGCAGACAACUCGCCCCCUGGUCUCUCCUACAGCACCUCCGCAGUUUCUGUUAAUGCCCAACACCACCAGAAUAUGUCAAGGCACGGGACCCCCCUGUCGACCGUGGAAGGAAGCCCUGCUGCCCACUCAAUGGGCAUGCACCAGCAAGAGUUUCCCCAUCUUGCUAGCGAGGAAUUUUCUGGUGAUGUCAAUGAUCAGAGGCGCUCUGUUCCUGCUCCCAACGGCGCUGUCAGACGCGCUCGCUCCGCCACCGUCAUGGAAGUCGGUCCGUAUCCUCAGAAGUCACACUCUUGCCCCAUCCCCACCUGUGGCCGUCUUUUCAAGCGUUUGGAACAUCUCAAGCGACACGUGCGAACACAUACACAAGAAAGACCUUACAUCUGUCCCCACUGCAGUAAAGCAUUCUCAAGAUCUGAUAAUCUGGCGCAACACAAGCGUACUCAUGGCCGUGAAGAUGGCGGAGAUGGUUCCUUGAACCUGUCAGGCGAGGAAGAUGAGGAUUUCUCUGGUGAUGACCACCUUGGCUCACUCGAAGAAGCCUCCCCACACUCUGAUAGCGCCUAUGUGACCGGCUCGCUGAACGCUGCUGCGCAUGGCUCAACCCCACCUUCAAGUAUGGCACCCACGCAAUCAUAUAAUAGUCUCGAGACACUCAGCAUGCCCAUGACAAUGAGCCAACCGGCUGCUAUCAACGCCAGCGGUAUGAUGUAA